GACUUCAUGACUCCGGAAGAUCUUUUCGCGGCGUUUUUCGGUGCAGGCCCCGCCUUUCACCCACAACAGCGUCACCAUGCACAUCAUCAAGACGAUGGACAAGUGCAGCGGAUGCAGAUUUUCCAAGCAUUGCCUGUCCUGCUCCUGGUGCUCCUGACCCUCUCCAACUUUGCAAAAGAUGGCGGAG